UUGGCGGUGAUCACCCGAGUGGGAAUGCUGUGGUUCAGCGUGCCCUUUAUAAGCGUUUUCGUCAGCUGGAUAGCUCAGAUCUUCUACGCCUGGCGCAUCCGAGUACUCAGCCAGAGCCUGUGGCUACCGGCCAUCAUCACUCUGCUCUCGUUACUCCAAGGCGCGUGCAGUUGGUACACGGCUAUAGAGCUCAAAAUUCUCAAUGACUUCUCGAAGCUCCAAGACAGGACAUACCGUGUCACGUCGGUAUGGCUCGGUGGAACGGCUCUAUGCGACUUGAUCAUUGCCGCUAGCAUGAUCUACUACUUGCACAAGUCAAGGACCGGAUUCAGCAGGACCGACGACAUCGUCCAGAGAUUGAUCCGUGUAACGGUCGAGACUGGACUGAUCUGCACUGUGGUUGCGCUCAUAGACCUGGCUGUCUACGUCGCGUUCAAAGAUAACAACUACCACUUCACUCCUGUCCUUACUCUGUCCAAGCUGUACUCCAACAGUUUAUUGGCGGUCAGUGUUCUGAGCGUGAUUGCCCAAUCGUAA